UCUAAGGUUUUCUGCUUUCCUCGUGCCCUGAUCACCAGCCCUACUAACUCAGCAGAGAUGGAAGUGCCGGCCCUCUCUGAAACUCUUAAGCCUACUGAUGAUGUCAAUCAAGAAUCUCCGGAGCCCAGGAUUAUCAUUGCCUUAUUUGACAUCGGAUCACUUCCUCCUGUCUCCUGGGGUUCUCUCCCCUCCCUAAAGAGUGGUGGCCAUCAAGCAACUGAAGAGCAGACUGCAAAGAACUUUGAAAAUCUCCUGAAAGAAAUGAAGAAUAUUCUUAAAAAUGUGACAGGUUAUGAAGAGAAGAUCACAGAAGCAAAAGAAUCUUUUGAGGAAACCGCUAUCUCUGAGGAUGUGUUGGAACUUAAAGAAAAAAUCAGAGGACUUGAUGAAAUAAACAGAGCGCUAUCGAAAAACCUGCUUGGUAGUUUAGACCUAGAGAAAGAACAGAAUACAAAGAAACAGGAGAUGAUAUUGAAAAACCAGAACUCCAAGGACACAGUACAAGGUUUUGCAAGGGAUUUGGUAAAUCGUUCAGAAGAAAUAAGAGCCCUUGAUGAAAUUCAGCUAAGUAAGGAAAAAGCAAAGUCCAGUUUCCCUCAUGCUCAAGAAAAAAAUAUGAAACUUAGGAACAGCAUGGAGCAGUUACUACAGGAAGCAGAACACUGGAGUGUGCAACAUACUGAGCUUAGUGAACUAAUAAAAUUGUACCAGAAGUCUCAGAAAGACAUAAGAGAAACUCUUGCAAGUAGUGGAAUCCACUUCCAAACUCAACUGAAUAACGAGCUGUCAGCUAAGUGUGAGCUGGAGGAACAAGUGAGGAAAUUGAAACAUGACACGUAUUCAUUGCGUUUGAUUGCAGCUUUGCUGGAGAAUGAAUGCCAGAUCUUACAGCAGAGAGUAGAGCUUCUCAAGGAACUUCAUCAUCAGAAAGAGGGAGCUCGGCAAGAGAAGCCAGUUCAGAUCAUCCACGAACAGGACAAGAAAGAACCGAAGCUGUUGGAGGCAAAGAAGGUAGAAAUUCAUAAGCAGAAAAUGCAAGAAACAGAGGGUGCAUUUCAGAAAAGAGACCAAUUCUAUAGAAGCCUGGAUGCCUGUCGUAAUAAGAAAGCUCGUAAUAACUGGUUCAAUAUUCAUAUUGCAAGAAGAGCUCUUGUGGGAAAAAAGAGGCCAGGCAGCAGCCUAAGAUAG